AUUACUAUCUUAUAAACUUAACAUUUCGAUGUACAUGUUUUAUAGUAAUCAUUUCGAUGUACAUGUUUUAUAGUAAUCAUUUUUAUUUACAUGUUUUAUAGUAAUCAUUUUCCAUUUUUAUACUGUAUCUAUUGAGCACGUGUUUUACGGCUUUAUCUACAUUGUCUGCUCCUGUCAGUGUAAUCAACUUUAAACUCUUAAUGUUGUUUUAUGUGUUCUCCCAACAGAGGCAGCAGACCUCUAUUAUGAUGCUCUUAAUCCAAUAGGCAGCGGGCAUGGCCCUCUAAUAGGGAAACAGAGGUAGGCUAGACUAGGGAGGACCAUCACUGAACUCUAUUGAUAUUGGGCCAACUCUCUGCUCAGCCAUAAUGCAAACUCUCUGGUGGUUUUGUUGCUGUUCGUUUGUGGGAAUUUCUUUUGGUCCAAGAGAGUAACACAGUAAUGUUACAAAAGCUUACAGUAUUGAAAUGUUGCUGAAUAGUACACGGCAUACAGUAGGCUAUCGAGUUACAGUGUAGCUUACAGUAGGCCUAUGUGUUACUGAGUAGCCUAUAUGCGCUUUGCAUGAAAAGGAAAUCAGUCUUGUGUGAUUUGCUGGGUCGUAUUUCAUACCCCAUGUAAUCUCACGGGAGCGUUAUUGUGGGGGCCUGCCAAUGACAAGAGUAACGUGCGCCAGAUCGUCCCGUGCCUCGCCUCGCCCCACCCCCGCGUGGUCCAUGGAUGUUGCAGUCAGUUCAGCAUCCUCGAGCCCAGUGUCCUCAGAACGGAACUGCUCACGGCCGAGGAAGAAAGGACACGCCGUGCUCCUCCUGAAAACCGACGCUCUUUCAGUAAGGGUCUUUUACUAGUGUGGACCUGAAUAGGUGCAGUCAGUACAUUUAUUAAGUGGACGCGCCAUGGCCAACAGAGGACCCAGUUAUGGGCUGAGUCGAGAGGUCCAGGAGAAGAUCGACCAGAAGUACGACCCGGACCUGGAGGGUAAGCUGGUGGACUGGAUUGUGGUCCAGUGCGGGUCCAACGUAGACCGACCACAGCCCGGCAAACAGAACUUUCAAACAUGGCUCAUGGAUGGAACUGUGCUGUGUAAGCUCAUCAACAGCCUGUACCCUCGUGGCCAAGAGCCCAUCAGGAAAAUCUCAGACACCCAGAUGGCCUUCAAGCAGAUGGAGAAGAUCUCGCAGUUCCUGCAGGCGGCCGAGGCCUACGGAGUCAUCAGCACAGACAUCUUCCAGACCGUGGACUUGUGGGAAGGGAAGGACCUGGCGGCCGUGCAGCGAACGCUGAUGUCUCUGGGGAGCCUGGCGGUAACUAAGGACGACGGACAUUACCGCGGCGACCGAGACUGGUUUCACAAGAAGGCCCAGAGUAACCGGCGUGAUUUCUCCGACGAGCAGCUUCGUCAGGGCCAGAACCUCAUCGGACUCCAGAUGGGCAGCAACCGCGGCGCCAACCAGGCUGGCAUGACCGGAUACGGUAUGCCCCGACAGAUCAUGUAGAGAGGAGAGGAGAGAGGUGAUUGGCUACGGUAUACCCCAGCAGAUCAUGUAGAGAGGAGAGGAGAGAGGUGAUUGGCUACGGUAUACCCCAGCAGAUCAUGUAGAGAGCUGAGAGAGAGGUGAUUGGCUACGGUAUACGAAAACUGAAAGUAAAG